GCAGGAGAAGUGGAAGAAUGUGUAUGAGUUCGACACACCCGUGAUCCACGUCGAUAAAGCCGACUCUUCAGCAACGACGACUUCCGCCCUGAAGCUUAUGCAUCGAUUCAAGGAAGAAGACGUCAUGAGGCUCAUGGACGAAGCCGAACGGACAUAGGCGUCCGAUGACCUCGGGGGGAAGGCUACACGACGGCCGGAGCUCCAGGUUUAGCGCCGUGUAGGCGGGGUAGCUCCUGCGUUGGAGAGACAUCGGGGGAGGGGUAUCUGGCCUUCUCUCCGAACAGCUAUGACGAUGUCGCGUCGGGUGCUUAGAAACGUGUUUCCUCUAGGCAGAACAUCCGUCUCCCUUUCAAGACACUUUCUUACUCCUCAGUCGACCUCAAUUCGCAGCAGGAACAUGAAUUCUCUUCAGGAAGCGAGCAGGAUAUACAAAGCUUUCAAGAAAGGCGGGCCGAGCUUCGGGGCAUGGCAGAUGCUCCCUGGAACAAACCACUCUCGUGCAAUCGCUCGCUCAGGCGUUGAUUGGAUAUGCGUCGACUGCGAGCACGGCAACGUUGACGAUGGCCAAAUGCACGAAGCUGUAGCAGCAAUUGCAGCCACGGGCGUCAGUCCCCUGGUCCGCAUCGCGGCCAACGAAGCGUGGAUGGUCAAAAGAGCCCUUGACGCCGGCGCCCACGGCAUUGUUGUCCCGCUAAUAUACACCGUCCACGACGCAAAGCGCCUUAUCGCCUCAACGAAAUUCCCUCCAGAAGGCCACCGCGGCUUCGGCUCUCCCUUUAGCCCUCAAACCUUCACCAACGAGCCUUUAACCCACUAUCUACAAAACGCCAACUCAUCCCUUAUCACAAUCGUUCAGAUAGAGACCAAAUCCGCGCUCGAAUCCGUCCGCGAGAUUGCAGCCAUCCCCGGCGUAGACUGCCUCCUAAUUGGGCCCUUCGAUCUCGGAAACAACAUCGGACGACCUGUCCUGGGAGAGAUGCACGAAGAGCUGAAGCAAGCAAUCACGAAGAUCAAGGAGGCGGCGCAUGCGGAAGGGAAGAAGGUGGGUAUCUACUGCACGAGCGGAGAGCAAGCCAAGGAGUGUGCGGACAGCGGGUUCGAUAUGAUCAGCAUUGCUGCGGAUAUGAUUGCUAUUCCGGCGUAUUUCAGCCAGACACUUGCUGUUGCGAGUGGCAAGGGUGACGGACAGAAGGGGUCGGGGUAUGAUGGCCGGUAGCGGUUCCGCUCAUAAUGUGCAUUGGAUAGAAAAAAAGACCCAUUUUUCAUAAGCUAGCGCUUAGUGGUUUGAUCUAUAUAAGGAAUGCAGUGGGAAAGGGAGACAGCCUUCUUUAGCGACGCGGUG